AUGCAGUGGGCCAUCGUGGCAGGCCACGACUUUUUCUUUCACACUCGCAAAGGCAGUUUUUCGGUGAAUCUGCUCUCCGCGCCCAAGGUCCCCGAUUUGAGUCUGCACAGUGGCAAAAUGCUCACAGUCAAGAUGCCCAACAUUUUGCUCAAUGCCACGAAUUCGAAGGAUCGCUACUUUUGCGGGGUCUUUGAUCUGAAGCAGCUUGCCCCAACUGGUCUGGACAUGGACGUUAAGAACCAUGUCGCUGCAGUCUUUCGUGAAGAAGACUCCAGCUCCUUGCCCUACAUGGUGCACCACGUAAUUCUCCUUUGGUGUGAAGAAGGCCUUCAUGCUCACCUAGAAAUAAUGGAGCAACUCAUGAUGCCUCCCGGCUGCACGAUAUGGGCUGGGCUUGGGCCUGGUGGCCGGGGCUGGCAGCUGCCUGCAGAAGCAGGACUUCCCUUCGGGGGACCAGGACGCACACUGCUCGGGCUUCAAGUGCACCACUACAGCCCGUCCUCAACAUGGGGGCUUCGGGACAGCAGUGGCUUGAGCUUCCUCCUGGCUGACCGCCUCCGUCCUCAUGAUGCCGGGCUUCUCACUGUGAUCGGCGCCGGGCCUUGGUCGGGGUCGCUUGGCCUCCCCGACCUGCCGCCGGGACGGGCGCACUACACCGCGCCACAGGUUUUGGCGCCGUUUUCCUGCACCAGGGAGUGGAAUGCGGAGGAGCUGACCGUGUUUUCCGUUUAUCACCAUGCACACUCGCUCAGCAUAAGCAUGUCGUUGGAAGUGGUCCGAGGUUCUCAGAAAGUUGGCAGCGUCAGGCAGGAGAAACGCUUUGACUUCGACAGCCAGGCCUUUGAGAUGACUUCUGGGUCUAUGAAGCUGCGAAGAGGGGAUGAGCUCUUGCUCACCUGCAAUGAAAAAAAGAUGAGCAGAACCUCCCCCACCAAAUGGGGGGAUCUCUUUGAUGACGAAAUGUGUGUAAUCAGCAUGACAGUCUAUCCAGCGCAGGUUAUGAGCCAGGUCUGGUUUGCCGAGGAGGGCUUGGUGUGGUGUGAUGGUGCAAGCCACUUGUGGCACAACUACAGCGUCAGCAAGAUCUCGCUUUUGUCGUCUCCGCCUUGCAUGGCUCGCGGCAGCCUCAUUUCCAGCGAAGCAUUGGACCUGCUUGAUGCCCUUGCGGUCAACAAGACCUCCUUACCACCAAAGUUUCCAAAGCAACUAAGCCAAGCGCUAUCCGUUGCCUCGGCAGUGCCGGUGUCCCUUUUACUCAUGACGGGAUUGAGCUUGAUGUUAUCUCCCAACCCAGGUGCUUUCGACAUGUAG